AUGGUCUUGAAUCAGCAGGUGAUGAAGGUCACGAAAACGUUUAAGCAGAAGGUCUCUGAGAGACGAUGGCCUUCCUCGCCCAACCUACCCCCUCCUGGCGGUGCUGGCCCUUCGGGCGAGGGCCCCCCCGGGGCCGCGCGCGCGGGAACACCUUUCUCGGCGCUGACCAGCGUGGCGCGCCUGGCCCCCGAGCGCCGCCUGCUGGGGCUGCUGAGGCGCUACCUGCGCGGGGAGGAGGCGCGGCUGCGGGACCUGACCAGGUUCUAUCACAAGGUGCUUUCUUUGCAUGAGGAUUCAGCAACCCCUGUGUCUAACCCUCUGCUUGCAUUUACUCUCAUCAAACGCCUACAGUCUGACUGGAGGAAUGUGGUACAUAGUCUGGAGGCGAGUGAGAACACCCGAGCUCUGAAGGAUGGCUUCGAGAAGGUGGAGCAGGACCUGCCAGCCUUCGAGGACCUUGAGGGGAGCAGCCAGGGCCUGAUGCGGCUGCAGGACGUGUACAUGCUCAAUGUGAAGGGCCUCGCCCGAGGCGUCUUUCAGAGAGGCCACUGGGCUCCCGCGGUCACUGACCCUGUACAGACCCAGGCCGCCUUUUUUCCCCCUCCACGGCAGAUGAACUGCUUCCAAGUUGGAAAGGUGGCCUAUGACAUGGGGGAUUACUACCAUGCCAUCCCCUGGCUGGAGGAGGCCGUCAGUCUCUUCCGAGGAUCUUACGGAGAGUGGAAGACAGAGGAUGAGGCAAGUCUCGAGGAUGCCUUGGAUCACUUGGCCUUUGCCUAUUUCCAGGCGGGAAAUGUUUCAUUUGCCCUCAGCCUCUCCCGGGAGUUCCUUCUCUACAGCCCGGAUAAUAAGAGGAUGGCCAGGAAUGUCUUGAAAUAUGAAAAGCUCUUGGCAGAGAGCGCCAACCAGGCCGUCGCGGAGGCUGUCAUCCAGAGGCCCAAUGUGCCCCACCUGCAGACCAGAGCCACCUACGAGGGGUUGUGUCAGACCCUGGGCUCCCAGCCUACUCACUACCAGAUCCCGAGCCUCCACUGCUCCUACGAGACCAAUUCCAGUCCCUACCUGCUGCUCCAGCCCGUCCGGAAGGAGGUCAUCCACCUGGAGCCCGAUGUUGUUCUCUACCAUGACUUUGUCAGUGACUUGGAGGCUCAGAAAAUUAGAGGGCUGGCAGAACCGUGGCUGCAGAGAUCUGUGGUGGCAUCCGGCGAAAAGCAGUUACCCGUGGAGUACCGCAUUAGCAAAAGUGCCUGGCUGAAGGACACCGUUGACCCAAUGCUGGUCACCCUUGACCAUCGCAUUGCUGCCCUCACAGGCCUUGAUGUCCAGCCUCCCUACGCAGAGUAUCUCCAGGUGGUGAACUACGGAAUCGGAGGGCACUAUGAGCCCCACUUUGACCAUGCUACGUCACCAACCAGCCCACUGUACAGAAUGAAGUCUGGGAACCGAGUUGCAACAUUUAUGAUCUAUCUGAGCUCGGUGGAAGCUGGAGGAGCUACAGCCUUCAUCUAUGCCAACUUCAGCAUGCCUGUGGUCAAGAAUGCUGCACUAUUUUGGUGGAACCUGCAUAAGAGUGGUGAAGGGGAUGGUGACACACUUCAUGCUGGCUGUCCUGUCCUGGUGGGAGAUAAGUGGGUGGCCAACAAGUGGAUACACGAGUAUGGGCAGGAAUUCCGCAGACCCUGCAGCUCAAGCCCCGAAGACUAACAUGUUGGCAGAGAGAAGUCGAUGAAGUCCCAUGGCUUUCCAGGCAAGCCAGAAGCCAAAGCGAGGGACUGGAGAGGAGAAAGGAGAGCAUCCUUCUGGAAGAGGGCCUUGUCAGCACUGUGUUCCUUGCGAAUGGGAGGCAGGGAAGUGGUCUUCAUCAGGGCUCACCUGAGAAUUCACUGAGAAACCAUUCACAUUGUUUCUGCUCCAGGCAUGGGCACAGUAGAAGGGACAAUACAAAGGGUGGGGCAAAAGGCUGGAGAGAGGUUUCUGGAGAUCAGAGAUCUCUGUUGGGAACAGGAUAUAUCAAUGGUCUCUGGGGCUUGGUACAUGGGGCUUUUGCCUUUUUGAACCUUGACACCAGGGUCCCAUAAGUGCAGUGAGGACACCUGCAGGAAGGGCUGGCCGGCUCCCACAGCUUUUUGCCCUUCAGCCCACUGACUUGUGCUGAAGCCUAAGAAAGCAGUAUCUCCGUAUCAGGAGUGCACUUCCUAUGAUAAUUUUUUAAAGCAUAAAGCAACUUUUUUGUAUGACAAUUUUUAAAUACUGUUAUUAAAAAGGUUUACAAAUCA